ACGCGCGCUGGUUGUGUUUAUAAAUUUUACUAGAUAUCUCGAGAGAUUUAAUUUUUUUGAAAACAAUCUUGUGCGAUCUAAGGAGAAAAUGACGGAUGAACAGGGGGAUGUGCCAUCUAGUCCGGAAAUUCACUUUGAACCAAUUGUCAAGUUGCCCUUGGUGGAAGUCAAAACAUUGGAAGAAAAUGAGGAGACAUUAUUCCAAAUGAGAGCAAAAUUGUUCAGAUACGAUAGCUCAACAGAACCUCCAGAAUGGAAAGAAAGAGGGACUGGUGAUGUGAAAAUUCUGAAACACAAAUCAGAUGAUUAUGUUCGUAUAUUGAUGAGGAGAGAAAAGACAUUGAAAAUAUGUGCCAACCAUUACAUUUUACCGCAAAUGGAGUUGAAACCUAACAGCACAAGUGACAGAGCUUGGGUAUGGAGCACAUUAUCAGAUUUUGCUGAUGAAGAGCCUAAACCAGAACUUCUUGCAAUCAAAUUCGCAAAUGCGGAAAAUGCACAAAAAUUUAAAGAAGCGUUCAAUGCAGCUAAAGAACUUACUGCUUGCAAAUCAAUAUUUUCAGUCAGGCAGAAGCAAGAUGACUCUGAUUUUUCUUCAUCAGAUGAGCAUGAAGGUAACUCCAGUGUUGAGGAUGGAAAGUCUAAUGAGGAAAAUACUAAUGUAAAUGAAAAGGACUCUGAAGAAGUUGCAGAAAAACUGUCAAAUCUCAAUGUAAAAGAAAACUCGGAAGAGUCUCAAAAUAAAUCAAAUAACUCUGAAGUAUCUAUAGACAAAACUCAAAAAGACUAAAACAACUUUGGCUUACUAAUGGAUUCUCCUGUAAAAAUUUGCUUAAAAGUGGUUCUAAUUGUGUAAAAUAGACUUAAUGUUUUAAAUGUAUUUUACAGGAAAGUGGAACCAUCUUUUGAACAGUCACUAUUUGUUGUUAACGUAUGCAAACUUGAUCUCUGAAAGUUUUGUCUACAUGAAUAUAUUUUUGUAAAGUAUUUUUGAAUUGUGAAGGUUUUAAAUUAAAUGACAUUUAGUUACAUAAACAAUUUAAUUCUAGAGUGAAUUUGUGGCUAAGUGUAAGAUUUCAAAGCCUCCAACUGCUGUUAAAAUAUUUGAUAUUUGUCUGCAAUUUCAUAGAUUCUAUGCAGGUUUGAUGCUUUUUGUGAUAUGUAUAUUUUCAGAGCUUCUGUUAAAUGUGACUCAUGCUUUAAACUGAAUAUUUAAGUUUUUAGAAAUCAAGUUUCAUAUAUAUAUUUGUAUGCUAUAUUAUCAUGCAUAUUGAAGUAAUGUGACCAUAUGUACAUUUUCUAAUUUCAUGUUGCAUAUUUUAUCAUGCAUAUUUAUUAGGACAGCAUUUUUGUAAAUAAUUUAACCAUAUAAUGACUAGAUUUUUAGUUGCUUUGAGAAUGCCUUGAAUGUGGGACCAACAAUAUAUUUUUAGCUUUAUUUAGCAGUCAAUGUUGCUUUAAAUAGGGGUUUGGGGGUUAUAUGUACGAUUUUUUUAACAUGAAGCUCAAACAACUUUCAAUUCUUUCUUCGUUAUUUCAAGUAAUGUCAGAGAUAGUCAUAAAAUAUUAGGUCGACUUGUGGUAUAUUUUCCAUUGAUUUAAAUAUGCCUUCAAAUUGUUAAUGACAAGUUUGUAAUUUAAUAUGUUUUGAAAAUAAAGGUAUA